UGCAACUACGAGGGUAACCUCCGCGACGACCCGCUUUUCAACAACGGAAUGACCGCCAUGAUCCCUCAUAGCAGGUACGAGAACGGCAAGGGCUGCGGCACGUGCUACGAAGUCGAGUGCCUCAACCACGCGAGCUGCCGCAGCAGCGUCGUGACGGUCCGAGCGGUGGGAUUCAAGGCGAGGACUUCCUGCUCUCCGACACCGCGUGGGACGAGAUCUCCAACGACCGGUCCGCGGGCCGCGUGGAGAUUAGGUACCGCGGCGUGGACUGCCCUAACAACGGCGGGAUCGCGGUUAAGAUCAUGCCCGGGAGCAACCCGUACUGGUUCGCGAUCCAGGUCUUAGGAGCGGCCGGCGCGGGCGGCGUGGAUCUGCUGGAAUUAUCGACGGACGGCGAGAAUUGGACGAGCAUGAGCCAGCUGGGGAAUAGCGCCACGUGGACCCUCAAUCCCGCGAAGGAUGUCGUCGACGUGGGCGUGGCGGUGAAUCUGCGCGUGACGCUGGUGGGAGGCGCGCAGCAGCCGCUGGUGUGGACCGAUGCGAUUCCCGUCGGGUGGAGCGCGGGAACGACCUACCAUGCGGACGGCAACUUCUAGACGUCUCGUCAGCAAGGUCCAACGAGGCGUGCUCAUUGGUAGUCGUGGCUCUCCCGUGCACCGCAGAUGCGGAUUCAGCACUGCGGCGGCGACGGGUAUCAGACUCCGAAAUAAAUGCGAUGAUGGUGC